AUGAUUUAGAAUUCUUAUACAAAAUUUAAGAUCUUAAAAUAUAAAAAUGAAGAUGAUAAGGAGUAAUUAGUAAUNGAUUAACAUCAUUCAAUUAAUUGUCGAACAACUAAGUUAACUAGAAUAUUAAAGAUUAGUAGAGAGAAUUUCUAAUAAAUUGCCAAAAAAUAUGGAUAUGUAAUAUAUAUUGUAUAUAUUAGGAAAAAUAUUGUUAAUUGAAAGAUUUGGUAAAAUUUUCAGGAAGAUUUGAUGAAUUUCAUAUAUAAUGUAUUGGAUGCAGCAAAUCUACACAUUUAUUAUAUAAUUGUCCUAUGUUAAGUGGUUUUCCAAGUAAGACGAAAACAUUAAUAAAGUAUAAAAAAAGAUUUUGUUAAGAAAGAAGAUUUAUAUAAAGAAAUAAUAAUUAUAAACGUAUAUCAACAUUAAGUUUUGAAAAUAAAAUUGCUGAUAGUGUAUUAUACUAUCUAUUAAGAGAUCCUAAAAUGUAUGAACAAUUAAGUAAUUAAAUUAAUCGAACAACUCCAAUAAAUUAAAAUGGAAUUAGAUUGAAAUCUAAAAAAAAAUUAUCAAUUUAACCUAAAAGAGGAGUACCUGUAUUUUUAAGUUAAGAAUUUUCUAGAUCACUUGAGGCUAAUUACGAAAAAAGCUUAGGUACAUAAUUUAGUAAAGAAUAAUAAAAUUUAUUAAAGAAAAUAACUUAACAUGAUUAAGAAUUAUCAAAAGAUGAUAGUUUCAAAAUAUCUAAAGGAUUAAAUAAAUAAUUUAUAACUAAAAGUACUUAAAGUAUGACUAUGUUGAAAAGUUAAGAUGCAAUAGAAGAGGAUGAAUAAGAAACAGAAACCCUUGAAAUUAAUCCUAUUUGGAUUGAACAAUAAAGUAAAUUUAUGUUUAAUAACAAAAGAUCAAAAUGAAAAUAUGGGAAGAUACAAGGACAUUUUUGAAUGUUUUGAUUAAUAAAGAGAUUAUGAUUAAUACAUGCCUCAUAUGAAUUUUAGAGAAAUACAAAAUCAUCUUUAAAGUAAUAAUGAUUAAGAUAGUUUUCAUAAUUUCAUAGAUGCAAAUAUUGUAAGGAGAAAAUGGAAAAAAUCAAAAAUUGUUAUAGUCUUAGAAUCUUGA